AUGAAGACGGUGACCCGCGUGGACAGCUUCCUCUGGUCCGGGAAGACGGGGCAGAAGCGGAAGCUCCACUUCUGCUCCGUCUGCGCCUUCGCGUCGAGCCACAAGCACGAUUCCAUCAAGCACAGCAGGACCCACAGCAAGGAGAGGCCGUAUCGGUGCUCUGCGUGCGGGAGGAACUUCUCUCGCGGUGUGAACCUCAGGAAUCAUCUCAUCGUGAGUCACAAAGGUGUGAAUCUGAGAUCUUUUCCUCGCCAUCCAUCCGAGAGGAGGCGGGGAGGCAUUCGCGAGGCAGGCGAUCAGUCGCUGUGCGGCUUCGCGUCGUUCGGCUCUCUUCAUUCUCUCUUUUAUGUAUUCCGUGAUUUUACCGUUGGGCAUUUCUUUGUGUUCGGUCGUGAAGCCGCAUCCGAAAAACAGGAAGCAUUCUCUCCCCCACCCCCCUCAUCCCCGCAGCACGCCACCCUCCUCAACCCCACGGAGAGAGCCGAUAAGCGCGACCCCACUGAACCCCUCCCCACCCAGCCGACAAGCCCAUGCAAUCCAGUCUCGCGAGAGUGGAAGCAGGCCCAUGCAAUCCAGACUCCCCUCGCCCGGCGACAGGCGCAUGCAAUCCAGUCGAGCGAUAGGGGAAGCAGGCCCAUGCAAUCCAGACGUGCCCCGCCACAGGCACACCCGCCCGCCCGACUCCGACUGGGAUCGAUCCUCAAGGUCAAGGUCGUUCUCUCCCUCCUACCGAGUCGGGAGGCAUACGAUAUGCUUAGUCGUUCGGAAUGCCUCGACGAGUCCGGACUCAUCCCCUUCAGUGCUCGUGCCUUCAUCCUUGGAGUAUCCAUGAUACUCCAUCCUAUUCCAUGCAGGAAUAGGAUGCCUGGACCGGAGCGGCAUUCUCGUCGUCCGAGUCAGCCAGUUCCCUUCCAGCCGUCGCAGCGGGCGGGUUCGCUGGUGACGGGGGAAGGGUUGCCGGCCGAACGCGUGGAAUCGUCGGGUGGGAAUUAUCGCGUCCAGCUGUUCAUCAACAAUGAAUUUGUGGAUGCAGUGAGUGGGAAGACCUUCCCAACCGUAAACCCUUGCACCGGAAAGGAGAUAUGCCAGGUGGCCGAAGGAGACAAGGUGAAACGUCGCCCAAGUCUUAAGAAAGACGAUGCAAAAUUCUUCCAAGUUGAAUCGUUCUUCCGACCUCCCUUUUCCCAGGCGGACGUGGACAAGGCGGUCGAGGCAGCGCGCGCUGCCUUCAAGCUGGGCUCGCCCUGGCGCACGAUGGACGCGUCUGCGAGGGGGAGGCUCAUGCUGAAGUUGGCCGAUCUCAUCGAGCGGGACAAGGAUUAUCUCGCUUCGCUGGAGACCUUGGAUAAUGGGAAGCCCGUGGGGGACGCGGCGCUCGACGUCGUCGUCUCCCUGGCGACCCUGCGAUAUUUUGCCGGUUACGCGGACAAGGUCCACGGGAAGACGAUCCCUGUGGACGGUGACUUCAUAUCGAUGACGAAGCUGCACCCGGUGGGCGUGGUGGGCUCCAUCGUCCCCUGGAACUACCCCAUCUUGAUGGUGGCAUGGAAGCUGGGGCCGGCCCUGGCAGCCGGCUGCACCGUCGUCCUCAAGCCGGCCGAGCAGACUCCCCUCUCGGCGCUCUACGUCGCCCAUCUCUCCAAGGAGGCCGGCUUCCCCCCAGGCGUGAUGAACGUGGUCCCCGGCUACGGCCCCACCGCCGGAGCCGCCAUCUCCCACCACCCCCACGUCGACAAGGUGGCCUUCACCGGCUCCGUCGAGGUCGGCAAAUUGGUGAUGGAAGCUUCAGCGAAGACCAACCUGAAGCGGGUGACGCUGGAGCUGGGAGGGAAGUCGCCGCUCGUCGUCUUCUCCGACUACGACCUGGACGAGGCCGUGUCCAUCAGCCACGACGCCGUCUUCGUGAACCACGGCCAGUGCUGCUGCGCGGGAUCGAGGACGUUCGUCCAAGCCGAGAUCUACGACGCCUUCGUGGCCAAGGCCAGGCAUUUGGCGGCGAGCCGGAAGGUCGGGGAUCCCUUUCAGGCCGACACCGUUCAAGGACCACAGGUGGACGACGAGCAGUUCAAGAGGAUCCUGGAGAUGAUCGAGUCGGGGAAGAAGGAGGGCGCCAAGCUGGAGUGCGGAGGCGGCCGCCACGGGGAUGCGGGCUACUUCGUCCAGCCGACGGUCUUCUCCAACGUCACCGACGACAUGCGCAUCGCCAAGGAGGAGAUUUUCGGGCCAGUCCAGAGCAUAAUAAAGUUCAAGACUCUGGAAGAAGCGAUCGAACGGGCGAACUCGACGACCUACGGACUUGCUGCCGGCAUCAUCACCAAGGACAUCGACAAGGCCUUGGCGUUCGCCAACGGCGUUCAGGCCGGUUCCGUCUGGAUCAACUGCUACAACGCCGUCGCGAUCCAGGCUCCGUUCGGGGGAUUCAAGCAGAGCGGGCACGGGCGAGAGCUGGGGGAGGACGCGAUGAAGGAGUACUUGGAGAUCAAGACCAUCACGAUCAAGGUUCCCCAGAAGAACUCGUGAGGGGCGGGUGCAGAGGUGGAUCGGGUGCAGGGGUGGGCCAGGUGCGGUGCAGGGGUUCAGAUUAUCGGGAUAUUGUGGGAUUUUUUUGAAAAACCUGUUCGUUUGAGAAGAAGCAUUUUGCAG